AUGGCAGACGAACCCUCAGCAGCAAACAAUGCCAGUGGAACAGCCAACAACCAAGGAGAACACAUUCAGGUUAAAGUACGAUCACCUGAUGGAGCUGAAGUAUUUUUUAAAAUAAAAAGAAAAACCAAAUUAGAGAAACUGAUGGAGGUUUAUUGCAAUCGCCUUGGGCAAUCCAUGGAAGCAGUUCGAUUUUUAUAUGACGGAGACAGGAUUCAUGGGGAAAAUACACCAGAUCAAUUGGGUAUUGAAGAUGGAGAUGUCAUUGACGCGAUGGUGCAACAAACAGGAGGAUAUUUUUAA